GGAAGUGGACGUCCGAGUUUCCGCGUGAGCUCCUCGACAGCGAACGCACCAUGGCAACGGGGCAACUUUGUGUCAUUUUGGUCGUUCUGUGUUCCACCUUGGCGGAAAACGUCAAACAGAAACCCAAAGCUGCGACCAAACCUGUGCGGCUUUUCACCGAGGAGGAGCUGCGAAGAUACGACGGGACGCAGGAGGGGCAGCCCAUCUACAUGGCAAUAAAAGGAGUGGUGUUUGAUGUUACCAAGGGAAAAGAGUUUUAUGGGAAGGGUGCACCGUACAACGCCCUGGUCGGUAAGGAUUCAACAAGAGCAGUGGCCAAGAUGUCGCUGCAGCCAGCAGACCUGACAUCUGACACUACGGGCCUCACCAAAGAGCAGCUGGAGUCUCUGGACAGUGUGUUUGAAGGCACGUACAAAACAAAAUACCCCAUCGUGGGUUACACGGCGGCACGCAUCCUCAAAGACGAUGGAAGUCCCAACGAAGACUUCAAACCAGAGGAGCAGCCGCAUUUUCAAAUCAAGGAUGAGUUUUAAUCUUAUCAGCACCCAGCAAACAUAUUGUACAUAGUAACACAAAGGGUAUGGUGACACACAUGGUGCAACAGUAAAUCACAUCCAGGGGCAUGACAUGCAACAGACACUUUGUAUUCAUAUUUACUUGAAUUUAAGGUUUACAGUGAAGUGUUAUGUGUCAUGGACCCAAGAAACCCAUUCAAGACACAUUGUAUAUUUUCUAAAAUACGUGGAAGUCAAUUCUUAAUUUUUCCCUUUUCCAUCCUGAAUCCAUCCAUAUAUUUUUUUUUGUUGUUGUUGUUGUUUUGUUUUGUUUUUUUUAACUCGAGCCUAUGUUCAACUGCAGUACCGAAUAUGAUUGCAAGAGAGUGUUGUUCUGCACUCUCCUGGCCAGAGUCAAAUGAACUUGCAAUAUAUUUUAAAAAAAAACAAAAAAAAACAAACAGAUUUUGACUCGGGCCUUGACUCAUUUAAUAGCAGAAAACAUGAUCAAA